CAUCUAGCACGUGAGCUCAGAUGUCGACACCACGGGUUACGUAACGUGUUCCACCACACUGGUUUUAAUGUCUGGGGUUAAGCAAGUGCGCGCCCAUGUCCGGACUAAGCUUUAGGACAAGGAACAGCCCUUCGCAGAAGACCUCCCUCCGAUGGGGCGACAGCUGCACCAAGACUAGCAUAUAGCCUCACUGAGACAUAGGUCCAUAAGCUACCGCGAGUGUUACAGUGUAUUUUAGAUUAUACCUAUUUUUUAUGAUGGAUUAUUCUUAUACUAACUGGAUGUUAUAACAAUUUGUAUAAAAGACGUUUGGUGUGUGUGAAAGGGAGGCGAAUAUAUCAACGGAGGGCUUUUCAUUAUCAAAACAGCAAAAUGAUCAACAUAGCGGGUGUUAUCUCGAUCAUCCUUUUCUACGUGCUCAUCCUAGCUGUGGGGAUAUGGGCUGGACGAAAGAAGCCAGCUGGAAAUGACUCCGAAGAGGAGGUCAUGCUGGCGGGCAGGUCUAUUGGCCUCUUCGUGGGGAUAUUUACGAUGACAGCGACGUGGGUGGGCGGCGGCUACAUAAACGGCACCGCGGAAGCUAUCUACACCUCCGGCCUGGUGUGGUGCCAGGCUCCGUUCGGAUAUGCACUGUCUCUGGUCUUCGGAGGCGUAUUCUUCGCAAACCCGAUGCGCAAGCAAGGUUAUGUGACGAUGCUGGACCCUCUACAGGACUCAUUCGGCAGUCGUAUGGGCGGAUUGCUUUUCCUGCCAGCCCUGUGCGGUGAAGUUUUCUGGGCUGCCGGCAUCUUGGCUGCACUUGGCGCAACUUUAGCAGUUAUCAUCGAUAUGGACCAUCGUACGUCAGUCAUCUUCAGCGCCUGUGUAGCAGUCUUCUACACCUUAUUCGGAGGCCUGUACUCCGUCGCCUACACGGACGUUAUCCAGCUGUUCUGCAUCUUCAUAGGCCUGUGGAUGUGCAUACCCUUCGCCUGGGCGAACGACCACGUCAAGCCUUUAAGCUCCAUGGAAGUGGACUGGAUUGGAGAAAUCGACCCCGACUAUUAUUGGUUCUACAUUGAUUACGGGCUCUUGCUGAUCUUUGGAGGGAUCCCUUGGCAGGUGUACUUCCAAAGAGUGCUAAGCAGUAAGACAGCGGGACGCGCUCAGAUUCUGUCCUACGUCGCAGCCGUCGGUUGCAUUUUCAUGGCCAUUCCGCCCGUACUCAUUGGAGCCAUCGCCAAGGGAACUGCGUGGAACGAGACAAACUACAAGGGACCUUUAACUCCCGAUGGAGAACUGACCUCCGAUCAGACGUCUAUGAUCCUUCCACUGGUACUGCAGCAUCUUACGCCAGACUUCGUUUCAUUCUUUGGCCUGGGAGCUGUCUCUGCUGCAGUCAUGUCUUCUGCGGACUCCAGUGUACUCAGCGCUUCUUCUAUGUUUGCCAGGAACGUCUACAAGCUGAUCUUCCGGCAGAAUGCUUCGGAAAUGGAAAUCAUCUGGGUGAUGCGCGUCUCAAUCUUGGUGGUCGGCGUGCUAUCAACAAUCAUGGCGCUUACCAUCCCAUCAAUUUAUGGCUUGUGGUCGAUGUGCUCAGACCUGGUGUACGUGAUCCUGUUCCCCCAACUCCUCAUGGUGGUCCACUUCAAGAAGCACUGCAACACCUACGGAUCCUUGGCCGCCUACAUCGUUGCACUAUUAGUUCGACUGUCAGGUGGAGAAAAGCUACUUGGCCUACCAGCAUUGAUACAUUACCCGGGAUGGGACGACGUGAAUGAAGUACAGCUGUUCCCCUUCAGGACCUUGGCGAUGGUUCUAUCGCUUUUCACCCUGGCCUUCAUAUCCUGGUUGUCUGUGUUCCUCUUCAACUCUGGCUACUUGAGUCCAGAAUCCGACUACUUCAACUGUGUAGUAAACAUCCCAGAGGAUAUCCGUCGCGUGGACGAGCCGUCUGAAGCUGGUGAACAGAUGUCAGUACUCGGCGGAGUCCCUGGUAGGUUGUACGGAGCCGCAUCCACCCUGGUAGGACCUGAUGAGAAGAGCGGAAGAAUAAACCCGGCUCUGGAGACCGAUGACGAUGAUCUCGAUGACCCGAACGACGGACCGACCCCCCUUUUCGGAAACAGCCAUGCGCCUCCACCUGUUCAGCCGUUCGGUAAACAAACAGCUUUCUGAGACGAUUAUUACUAUUAUUAGUUUUUUCACUUUCUGUUUACGAACAUUGAUAUAAAAAACUAACGUAUCCAGUGGGAAGAAGGAAAAAUUACACUCAUGGACAUAUUUGAUCAAAUAUUUAUAGUAGUACUUUCAUGAAAAACAGUACGUGUUUGAAGGUGACCCUGGUAUGUCCUGUACGUAAUAUGUUCACAUAUUAGGAAAACCAACUGACUUCUCAGACGAUCAUUAGUUUUAUUUAGCUGUUUCACGAAUAUUGAUAUAAAACUAACGUACCUAUAACUGAAGUAAAUAACUUCAAAUAUUCGGACAAACUAAUUUGUAUAAGAAGUGCAUAAAAUAGGCUAUAUGACCGAGUUUGCGAUGAAGUAAUAUUUAAUGGAAAUUCCAUACAAAUUCUAUAUUGCAAUUAGGUACAUUCUGAUUUAUCAUGAAAACACUUAUGCACAUGUGCAUAAAAUCAAUAGAAAUUUAGCAUAUUGAUAUAAUAUCACGCUCUUGAUAUUAGCAUAUGGCUUCAAGAGCUUGUGAAGUAAAAAUAUAUUCAUACGUACCUAUACAAAAAAUAGUCUGAGUUCGAGAGGAUCCCUGUUAAGUUAAACGGAAUCGCAUCCGGU